GCAUCCACGCUCGUCACCGUCGCCUCGUUCGGACUUCUUGCGCGAGCUCUGCCCACCGCUCGCUCGCGCAACGAAGUUCCAAUAACGUUCUACGCGGCUGGGGGUGUGCAACUCACCCAGAGCUUUCCCACCGAUGGAGCUCCUAUCGCCAUUAACAAUGGACUGAGCAUCUCUCGUAUCUCAUCCAGCACUGCAGGCGUUACCUGUGUCUUUUCCGGCAUAGACCACAGCAGCACCACUGUCCCCGGCGCCGCGACAGUGGACGUUGGGCCACCGCAAGUGCAAACCCAGGGCUCCUGCUUUGUGAGCUACGCUCCAUCAUCGGACCCAGCGAGCUCGUGGGUGCCGUCACCCUCCGCCACUCCGCCAACC